AUGGAUAACACUGCGUUAAAACUAGUACUUUUCGAUCCAGAUAAAGAUGGUUCAGAGGUUCAAAAAUUUUACCAACAGCUCAAAAAUAUUAGGAUAAAAACUAUACUAAUAUUUACGCAAAAACCAAUGAACUGGAUGUUAGUAAUGGCUUUAAAUUUGUUCGCUACGAAUAAAUUCUUGAAUGUUAUUUUCGCUUACGAAGACAUGGGUGACGUUGUGUUGAUUACAGUCAAUCCGUUUUUGUCUAAGGCGAGACAAAACAUCAAAUUUGUUGGUAACCAGAAUUUCUUCGAGGAAAAGGCGAGACAUUUGCACGGUUACAAAGUUAAAGCUUUGGUAACGAAUUUAGACAAUACCAAAGUUAAAGUGCGACACCACGAUGGUAUGGUACAAUAUUAUGGCAAAGACGCACAAACCAUACAAACCAUAAUCGGUUAUCUUGGUGGAACUUUGGAAAUUAUCAAUUUGUAUGACGUCAUCAACGAAACGAAUCAAAAUCCUUGGGAUAAGACGUCAAAGAUCAAAAAUGUGGCGAAGAGAAAACGGGAAAUUGUUAAAGAGUUGGGCGUUAGUAUUCUGAUCAAUUCGGAAAUGUUUACGUCCAACGACUCGGUUUUCGAACAGAUAUACCCUCAUACCAUGAACAAUCUGCAUGUCAUAACGAAGAAACGAAAGCCCGUUUCCGUUUACGGAAUGAUCGCCAUUAUUGCCCCACCACACAUUCUUCUUGUUUUCUGCGUACCACUUUUGGGAGGAAUAGUGUAUUGGUUUCUUAUAAAGAUGGAAAAUUGCAACCGUUUUUCCUUGUUCGACAUAAUUUUCCACGCUUACCGCAUAUCCUUCACGAAUAUUUCCAGAUAUUUACCAAAAAACAAUUAUCCCCGUCGCAUUAUAAUAAUCACCUAUAUUAUAUAUUGCUAUUUGCUUAACAACUCAUUGCAAACGAAGAUGAUCAGCUUAUUAAGUCUAGUUCCCCAUCAAAAUGACAUAAACACCAUAAACCAACUGUCGAGUAAUUUAAGACCCAUUUACACUUACAAGAAUUACGUGGAAGAAAUUAAAAAGAAGUACAAUGAAUCCAUGUACAAAUAUUAUCACGAAUUUGAAAACAAUACAGGUCCCAUUGAAAGUAUCGAAAAAUACAACGCGUACUCCUUGGAAGAAUAUGACGUUGCAGUAUCCAUCACUAGAUCUAAAAUCCACUAUGCCAAUGGAAGACCCAAAUAUCAUAUAAUGAGGGAAAGUGUGAUGCCUUCGUUCCAAUCAUUUAAAAUCGUGUACGGAUCCCCAAUAAUCCCGAUGGUGAAUAAAGUAAUGAGGAUUCUGAGCGAAGCCGGUUUGAUACAGUUAUGGAGCAGGAAUAUGAUUCACGACGCGAUAAUCAGCGGUGAUCUCUAUCCGGAGAAUUACGACGUUUCCGAAAACAGCAAAGCCUUUGCGAUGGAUUCGUUUGGUGUCAUCAUGAAGGGGAUGUUUAUCGCAUACUUUUUUGCCUUCCUUGUUUUCUUGGUCGAAUUGAUUUGGUUUUAUUUUAGCAAAUAA